AUGGUGUUCAUCGACGACAUUCUCAUAUACUCAAAAUUUGAAGCAAAACAUGAAGAACAUCUAAGAUUGACACUAAGGAGAUUACAAGACCAUCAAUUAUUUGCUAAGUUUAAGAAGUGUGAAUUAUGGUUGGAGAAAGUAGCCUUCUUAGGCCAUAUCAUGUCAAAGGACAGAGUUUUGAUGGAUCCAGCCAAGAUUGAGGUUGUGAAGGGUUGGCCUCAACCUAAGAACGCAUCUGAAGUUAGAAGUUUCUUGGGAUUGGCAGGAUACUACAGAAGAUUUGUCAAAGGAUUUUCUAAGAUUGCAACACCCUUGAUGAAUAUAACUCGCAAGCAACAAAAGUUUGUUUGGACCAAAAAAUGCAAAGGGAGUUCUCAAUGCCUCAAAGAAAAGUUGAUAUCCACUCCAGUUUUAUAUGUGCCAACACAAGAAUGGAAGUUUGUGGUAUAG